AUGUUUAAACAUCUCUAUAACACUGUGAUAAUUUUCAGUGUAAUUAGGGAUCAAUUGUGCAUUCAAAUCAUCAAUCACAGCUUGUAUAACUGCUUCACGGUGCAUUUUUUACCUAGAUCAACCAUCGAUCCCACACAAUCCGACCCAGUAGAUUGUUAUAUCAUUAUCAAGAUGUUAUUGCGAUAUGAUAAGAUGAGCGGCGUUCUAGCAAUUUGA